GCGCUAUAAAAUAAGUAUCGACAUCGGAAAACCCCGCCUAUUAGCAUUAGGUAGCGCUUAGGACACGGGACGUAUGGUUAUUUACGGCGAACAGCAACUCAUCUUUCGAUGCCGCGAAUGCGAAGAGUAUGAGGACGGUACUUGUAUGUUCGUUGGAAAGGCGGAUACCUGGUACAAUCUACUAUUUUCACCCAACCAUAACCGUUCUCUACCCCCAAUGGAGGAACACAACUUGCCAUGAAAGCUAUAUCAGCUCAAGGACUUUUAAAUCGGUGGUAUUCAAUGACAGCGGAAUUCUCAUCACGCAGCUUCUAUGACCCUAGAGACAAUCACGCGGCCUUAUCCGGUUUUGUCCGUCUAUUUAAGAAGGUCCUACGCGAAAGGUUUGACCCUGGUUGGGAUACGUACGUGGCUGGCCUAUGGCAGAUUGACAUGAUUCGGAGAAGCCGAUAAACAUGAUCAGGGAGUCAUGGAACUACGAAAUGAUCAAGCCUGAAAACUUCCCCAAUCCGUUCCGACUUAUGGUGAAGGGCUACAUCCGAAAAUUGCGUAUCUCGAAAUACGAAACUAUGGACCAUACUGGUUGCAGCACAUGGCGUGGGUUUCCAGUCGGAUAUAAACCCGAGUCCAUGGACCAGCACACUUUCCGAUUGGAAGCAGUGGCCUUAAUCAGAAGGCUCCAAGACCCGAGCUUGGACUGGCCCCAGAUCGCCGCAACAGGACUCUUCGAUAUCGAUUAUACAACAGCUAGACCUCACCUCGGAAGAAGGCUUGCUUCUAAGGCAGCUAGAGGACCCUGA